AUGAGCUCCAUCUCUGCUGCUGGCGCCGUCGCCAGGAUCGCGGCGCUCGCCUCGGCCACCCUGGUCAACGUAGCUCCCUCGGGCAAGGCGUCCACCUCCUCCUUCUCCCCCAUCGCUGACAAGGCCACCGAGAUCAACGCACAGCUCGACGUCGAGCAGCUCAACCACCAUGUCGAGCUCGGCUCGGUCCUUGCCCAGCUCAAGCCUACCGGCAACGGUCUCAUCUCGGUCCUCUCCCACGCACACCAGCAGACCUUCACCCGUCUCGUGCCUCACCUCCCCAAGCUCGUACACACGCCCCUCGUCUUUCACGUAGCCAGCGCCGGCGAGCACAGCGAUCUCAUGGCGUUGCGCCAGUCUGGCUUGGUGCUCCUCCACUCUUCCACCGCAGCACAGGCCCACGACCACGCCCUCCUCGCCACCAAGAUUGCCACCUCCGCCAAGCGCGCUGUCCUCCACUUCUUCGAAGACGUCUCUGGUCCCGUCGAAGAGGUGACCAAGGUCGACCUCGCCUCCUUCAUCGGUUCGGUUGCUGCUUCCACCAGCACUGACGCUGCCGCUCCCAAGACCAACGGCGUCAACGGUCAUGCCAACGGCGUCAACGGUGCCAACGGUCACACCAACGGCCACGCCAGCGCUGCUGCCAGCGAGUUCGGCUUCGAAGACCUCGAGUCUGCCAUCGAUGCCGCCUACGAGGACGUCGCUGAGCUCGUCGGUCACGCCGUCGAGCCCUUCCAGCUCGUCGGUGCUUCCGAUGCUCACAACCUCGCCGUCGUGCUCGGUGCCGGUUCUGAGACGCUCCAGGAUUACACCGCCCCUCACAACGACCUUGCCAUCCUCGAUAUCCGCCUUGUCCGCCCCUCGUUGCCACAGCGCCUCCUAGACGCCAUCCCCGCCGGCAUCAAGCGCAUCGCUGUCCUCGAACAGAGUGUCCGAAGGACCACCAAGCUCGGCCCUCUCUUUGUCGACGUCGCCACCGCUUUCCAGGGCUCUGAGCGUGCUCUUCCCUCGGUCUUUGUCAGCGGCAUCCUCGGCCACAUUGACAACGGCGACAAGGCUGCCAAGGAGCUCAUCAAGGCGCUCGAGGCUCCUAAGGUCAAGCACGCUUUCGUCGUCGGUGAUGUCAAGAAGCUUUCCGCUCGUGCUCAGGCCUCUCCGGCUGCUGCCGCUACCAAUGCUCCCGUCCAGCCGCCCAAGCACGAGGAGGCGUAUAACCUCAUGCUCGAGCAGGUCUUCGCCGAGCGUCUCUCGGUGGUCAACUCGGCCAACGAAGAGUCCGACGACCACCCUGCCGCUCGCAGCCCCGAAUACGCUUUUGGUCAGGUGCUCGCCCAGCUCGAACAGCGCGACGAGCUCCUUCGUGCCGUCAACGACGUCCUUCGCGAAGGAGGCGUCUCGACUGAGCUCCACGAGGCCCUCUCGCAGUGGCUCGUAGCCAAGCACGACGCCAAGAAGAACGUCGCGUCUAGCAACAAGGUCGCCUCCCUCCUUCAGUCGUCCACCUCUGGCGCUGCGCUUCCAAAGAUCAAGUCGCUCUCCUCGCACCUCUCGCUCAAGAGCAGGUGGAUCGUCGGCAGCGACGCUUGGGCGUACGACGCUGGCAUGGGUGGUGUGCACCACGUCAUCGCCUCGGGUCGCAACGUCAACAUGCUCAUCUUUGACAGCGUCCCCUACUCCAAGCGUGAUGCUCAGGCUGCUCACAAGCGCAAGAAGGACAUCGCCCUUUACGCCAUGAACUACGGCAACGUCUACGUCGCCAGCACCGCCAUCUACGCUGACUACACCCAGGUCCUCCACGCCCUCAUGGAGGCCGACAAGUUUGACGGCCCCUCGAUCGUGCUCGCCUACGUCCCUUACCGCACCGAGGACGCCCCCGCUCUCGAUGUAUUGCGCGAGACCAAGCUCGCCGUCGACUCGGGUUACUGGCCUCUCUUCCGCUGGGAUCCCAGCGCCGAGGCUCGUGGCUCCGAGACCUUCCGCCUGGACGGUGUCCGUCUGCGUGAGCAGCUCCAGCAGUUCCUCGACCGCCAGAACCUCUUCACCACGCUCGUCAAGUCGCGUCCCGAGUUGUCCUACGACAUUGCCGCCUCGCAGGGCAAUGCGCUCCGCGAUCUGCAGCGUCGCAAGGCAAAGGAGGCCUACGAGAAGAUGCUCGGCUCGCUCGACGGUCCUCCCCUGCUCAUCCUCGUCGCAUCGGACGGCGGCAACGCCGAAAAGGUGGCCAAGAAGCUCGCCGUCCGCGCCAAGGCUCGUGGUGUCGCCGCUCGUCUCCUCACCAUGGACGACUACCCGGUGACCGAGGAGCUCAAGGACGAGAAGAACGUCGUCUUCCUCACCUCGACCGCCGGUCAGGGUGAGGCUCCUCAGAACGGCCGAUUCACCUACAAGGCGCUCCACGCCAUGUCCGAAGCUGCUCUGCCCGACACGAUCAACUUUACCGUCUUUGCCAUGGGUGACAGCCACUACUGGCCUCGACCCGAGGACGCACACUACUACAACAAGCCCGGAAAGGACAUUGACGUGCGUCUCGAGCAGCUCGGUGCCACGCGCAUGGCUCCCAUCGGUCUCGGUGACGACCAGGACGCCGACGGCUACCAGACUGGCUACAAGAUCUGGGAGCCUUUGCUCUGGAAGGCGCUCGGCGUCGACACGGUCGAGGUCAAGGAGGCUGAGCCCGAGCCGAUCACCAACGAGCACAUGAAGAUCGCCUCCAACUACCUCCGCGGUACCAUCAAGGAGGCGCUCGUCGACACCUCGACCGGCGCCAUCCCCGAGACCGACGGUCAGCUCACCAAGUUCCACGGUACCUACAUGCAGUACGACCGCGACACUCUGGAGGAGCGCAAGGCUGCCGGUCUCGAGCCCGCCUACAGCUUCAUGAUCCGUGCGCGUAUCCCCGGUGGUGUCGUCACCCCCGAGCAGUGGGUGCAGCUCGACGACGUCGCCGAAAAGUACGGCAACCAGACGGUCAAGAUCACCACGCGUCAGACCAUCCAGUAUCACUGUGUCGUCAAGAGCAACCUCAAAGCUGCCAUGCAGGGCAUCAACAAGUCGAUGCUCGACACCAUCGCCGCUUGCGGUGACGUCAACCGAAACGUCAUGUGCUCGCCCAACCCGAGCCUGACCGAGCUGCACGAGGACGUGUACGAGUUCUCCAAGUCGAUCUCGGAGCAUCUGCUGCCGCGCAUGAACGCGUACCACGAGAUCUGGCUCGACAAGGAGACCGACAGCUCCAAGCAGCUGCUCAUCGGUGGCGUCUUGCAGGACUACGAGCCGCUCUACGGGCCUUACUACCUGCCACGAAAGUUCAAGAUCGCUAUCGCGGUGCCUCCACGCAACGACACCGACUGUCUGGCGCACGACAUUGGUCUCAUCGCCAUCGCCGAUCCCGUGACCAAGCGUCUGGCCGGUUUCAACUUGGCUGUCGGUGGUGGUAUGGGUGUCACACAUUCGAUGAAGGCGACCUACCCACGUCUCGGCAGCGUCAUCGGAUUCGUCACGCCCCAGCAGACGCUCGACGCGUGCCGAACCGUCAUGCUCGUCCAGCGCGACACGGGCAACCGUGCCAACCGCAAGCAGGCGCGUCUAAAGUACACCAUCGACAAGCACUGGGGUGGUGCCGACAACUUCAAGGCCGAAGUCGAGCGUCGUCUGGGCUACAAGCUCGCCGAGGCCAAGUCGUACAAGUUUGACACCAACACGGACCAGUACGGCUGGACGCAGGAUUACAAGGGCAACUACCACUGCACCUUGUGGCUCGAGAAUGGGCGUGUCAAGGACGAACCUGGCGCGCCGUUCCGUACCGGUCUGCGCGAGCUGUGCAAGAUCCACAAGGGAGCCUUCCGCCUGACGCCGAACCAGCACAUUAUCGUUUCGGACAUCAAGCCCGAGGACAAGGAUGCCAUCGACGCCCACCUGCGCAAGUACAAGAUGAACAACUGGGAGCACUCGGGUGUCAAGCUUUCGGCUAGCGCCUGUGUCGCGUUCCCGACGUGUGGGUUGGCGAUGGCCGAGUCGGAGCGAUACCUGCCGUUGCUGAUGGACAAGGUCGAGGCGAUCUUUGAGGCGAACGGGUUGCGCAGCAGCGAGACGGUGUUCCGCAUGUCGGGUUGUGCCAACGGCUGUUCGAGACCGUGGAUGGCCGAAGCGGGUUUCGUCGGAAAGGCACCUGGUCAGUACGUCAUGACCUUGGGUGGUUCGCACAACGGUACGCGUCUGUCCAAGAUCUACCGCGAGUCGGUCGACGAGAAGGAGAUCUUGGAGAUCAUGAACAAGCUCGUUCCGCAGUACGCGCAGAACCGCAUCGAGGGCGAGUCGUUCGGCGACUACGUCAUCAGGGCUGGCGUCAUCAAGCCGACGACGGAGGGCAAGGCUUUCUACGAGGACAUGUGCCCCUCGGACGUUGUUCCCCCGAGCGCGGCGGCUAAGAAGGGCCCUGCGCAGGCGGUCGAGCACUACGACCGAUCGUCGUCGGCGUGA